CAGAAUAUCUGGACUUUACGCGUAAGUAGUGUAUCGCGGCAGCCCAAUCCUCAAGUUCUAAACUUCACUGUCGUGCCAUUCCCACUUCGGCGUGACGCGACGAUGACAUCACAUCAUGCCCAAUUCUAUCGGUCGCGCUAGCGCUCGAACAGAACGAGGGAGCGCGUCGCGUCAGGCAGGAGGACUCAACGGCGUUCGUCACCAUCACGAGCACAAUAACAUACCUGUACACACUCCGGGCUUUACCAGCAGUUGGAGCGGAGAGCAGGCUGAGAUUGCGAUCUGACGAACCUGAACACACUGCCUCCGGUUCGCUUCGCAAAGUAAAAGAGAUUUUAUGCUAAAGUUUCCAGGAUUUGUUUAACCUCCCGCGGACGAGAGCGGACUGAGCGCCGUUACGAUGAUAAACUGUUGCCUGAUUCUCAGCGCGUGUCUUCUGUCCAGCCAAGCGGUCUGGAGUCAGCGUGUUCGAGUGGAACCUGAGGUCACUGCGUAUCCAAAUGGAUCUGUCAAUCUGCGCUGCGAGUUCACCAACAGCGGAAGCACCAAACUCACACAGGUUUCGUGGAUGUUUGAGCGCGUGGAGGGUGAUAGGCACAACAUUGCUGUGUUCCAUCCCCAAUAUGGAGCCAGUUUCCCUAAUAAAGACUUUGAUGGCCGAGUAUCGUUCACACAGGGCUCCCUGGAGAACCCCUCCAUUAGGAUCGACAAACUGAGGAUGGCUGAUGCUGGCAGGUACAUCUGUGAGUAUGCCACUUACCCCAGCGGAAACGAGCAGGGAACGACCACUCUUAUCAUGCUGGCCAAACCCAGAAACUCAGCUACCGCCAUCCCGGUGCGAGCCAGCUCUUCUGAGGUGGUCGUGGCAAGUUGCGAAGCAGCCCAAGGAAAACCAGAGGCAACAAUCUCCUGGAUCACAACCAUUGCCGGCCGCUAUAACCACACUUCAGUGCCCGAGAGGGACGGGACGGUGACCGUGAAGAGCGAGUAUCGGAUGAUCCCGACGCCUGCUGAAAACGGAAAAGAAAUCACCUGCUUGGUGAACCAGAGGACGCAGAUCGAACCCAAAGCCUUCGCGCUGAAGCUGGUGGUGGAGUAUCCACCCACUGUGACAAUAGAAGGAUAUGACAGUAACUGGUAUAUGGGUCGGACUGAUGCCGUUUUGACCUGCCAAGCUGAUGCCAAUCCAGCACCUACUGAUGUUAGCUGGACAGUUGCGUCGGGUCAGUUCCCGCCUUCGGUUCGAGUGGAUCAGAACCGGCUGCUGGUGAGGAAGGUGGACGAAACGGUGAACACCACUUUCGUGUGCGAGGUGAAGAACAGUCUGGGCUCUGGCAAGAAAGAGCUGGUCGCCAUGGUCAUCGAGUCGACUGAAGACCCAUCCAGCGCUGGCGUGGUGGCCGGAGCCAUUCUGGGAAGCUUCUUGGCCCUCAUUUUGGUCGGCGCGUUGGUUACCGUGUUAGUGAUGCGAAGUCGCCGCCAUCAGCAUGGAUAUUCGGGCGACGGUGAGCAGGGCGCUUACGGCAACAAAACCCGUCUUUUUGGAGGCAAGAAGGCUAGCAAGAACGGCGCAGGGGCCAACAAUAACGGGCCAAUCUACACAUACCGCGAAAGCGAGCCAGGCGCCCUGACGGAGAAUUGCAACGAGUUCCCGCGCAUUACCGGAAGCACUCCAAACGCCCAUGACAUCCUGUUGAGCGGCGAGCUGAAUGAGGCCGAGCGCAGGAAGUUCGACGCCCUGAACGACAGCCUGGAGGAUGAAGAAGAGGACGAAAGGUUCGACCACUUCAGCGGACUGCCGCCCAGCUACCAAAUCCACCGGCAUGAAGACGAGUGCGCAUCUUAUCUGGACGACGACAUGGAGUCCCAGCGAGACGGGUCCAUCAUUUCCCGGACUGCCAUUUAUGUCUAGAGGAAGCAGAUAAUAUACACCUGACUGAUAUUUACUUGACCUUUUAGAACAAAAAAGACAGAAACUUGCCAUCUGAGGAGCCGAAGCAGAAUGGUUAAUGUCACAUCUGUGGACGAAGGCAUUAUCAAACCGAAAACACAAAUGAAUGCUGCUCGCCUCACGAUGCAUACUUUUAAUGCAUAAUACUGACUGAAAAUAAGAGUGAUUUUGUUGUUGUGUAACUGUAACGUCCUGUUAACGCCCAUUCUAGCCAGAAUCCAUGUUGUUCACUCCCAUGAGCACAAUACUCUUUGAAGUGAAAAGAAAGCAUUAUGAUUACCCAUACAGGAUUGUCAAUGCUACGAGUGGCUCAGCAAGCUGUGACCUAGAAGCUAAGGCCGUUGUCUCCAGGUUGCAUAUUCCAGGCUUCUUUUAUCAAAUCCUGGGAAUGUCGUCUUCGAGAACAGCUGGAUGUUUUGUUAGCGAAACAGAAAACGGGCAACGCAACGCUCGCUCCAGCAUCUGGGUCAUUCAUCUGUGAUCAACUCCAGCUGUGAACGCUUUUAACUUUCCCCCACUAUUUUUUAGCUCUCGUUCAUUAAUCGGAUGUCUUGUUACGCUAAAGGAAUUUUCUGAAUGACUCGAGGGGUUCUAGGCAGAGGCGUAAUAGUGUUUUUGUUUUUUUCCCUCUUCAUACUCUCCUGUCAACCUCUGCAGAACGGUUUGUUCCGGGCCAUGUUUAAUUCAGAAGUGUUGUGCAUUAGCCGUGUGCGUUUUGGGCUGAUGCAUGUUUUUUCCAACCCCUGAUUAAUCCAGUUAUAUCAAAACCAUUGAAUGCAACAUCUAAAAACUGCAAACACGAGCACGACUAGCAUCAACACGAAUCCUUCCGGGAGGAAAUAGGCUUGGAUUCUUUACUGUGUUGUCUUUUAACUUCACUAAAACAGAUUAAGUAGAUUAAUGCACAUCGUAGAUUGGCGGCAAAGGCUGGGACUUGAGAGAAAUGCAACUGACGUGCCUUUGAGUGUGGGAUUAUGUGGACGGUCGGAGCGCUUGACGGACCUCAGCGGGGAGCAUUAAGCCAGGUGGCAUAUGCUGCCCGGUUCAACGGAGUCCACAGUGUUGAAACGAUGCCAGCUGUGAAAAAAGGUCAAGGGGCGACGCAUUCUCACUGUAUGUUCGGCAGCGAGAUUAGGCCACUCGCUUUACCGAGUCCCUCUAGAAUGGGUCAGCAGUUUGUUUUGAAGCCUCGUGCAUAAGCCGACUUUUUUUGGACUACAAAAAAACCCCCAUUUCGGACAACUAUGUGUGUAACAAUGUGCGUCCAGAUGUGGAUUCAUUAGUCUAUGGGUUGUCGGCGAGUGCUUGCUUUGCAUAAUAUCAUGCCGCUUGUAUAGAUGCUUCGGCAGUGUUUUGAAUUACUUGAGCCGUGACUCAUUCAUCCUUGGUUUCACAGCAUCGAGUCUAAUGACAAAGGAGCAACACACUCACCGAUGCAACGCUACCCAGACAGAAGUUCAUAUCCAGCAAAGCAGAUAUAGCAUGAGUAAUUUGGAGAUUAUACUAUCUGGACCCAGUGACUGUAAAGGCAAUAGUUACUCUAGCCUACAGUGUUCACCCACGCUGCAGACUGUUAAUUUUUAUCCCCACUCCCUAAAGCGCUUCAAGUUGCAUCAGUGCACUGAAAAAUAAGGAUGGGAAAGCUACUUUUCUGAGAGCUGCUCAGGCCUUGAAAUAUUCAAGCUGAUAACGACGACACAAUGAAGAUGUGGAGAGAGGAAACGGGGAGCUUAUUGCGUCAGUGAAUAAUGUGUUAUUUACAAUAGCGAAAGUAUUAACUUCACCUGUUUACUCUGAAUUUGGAGUCAAUGUCAGGCAGAGUCAUGUGUUCAGAGAGGCCUGUGAUGUUUUGUGAGAUGAGAAUACUGAAAGAGCAAUGUUGCCAAAUCAAGUUUUCACAGCUCUUAGUAUUAGUGUUUUAAUAGAAUCUUUUGUUGAACCUUUCUGAAUGUUAUUAUAGAGUAUUAGUAUUAAGGGUUAUAUAGUGAUGCCAUGUUCUCAUUUGCACAAUCCCAAGGCUACAUAAAGAUUAAUUAUUGAAAUAAUUGGGCAAAACUCACAAAGAAUAUGUCUGGGUCACAUUAUACUGCAGAAAUUAAGGAAAUAAUUAAGGAACUUUAUUUUGCAUAAAAAAAUAAAGCCUUGU